AUGUCAUAUAAAACACCGAGGGUUUCGUUCCACCUAAAUCGGCACCUUCUACAGAUCACAAACCCCAUUUUUUUUAAGAAAUCCUCCAUGGAAGCAAGAACUGGUUUUAGCAUCAUUGCCGAGCAUGCUACUCCGAGCAACCAAAUUCUGUGGUUGUCUUCAAUUUUUGGGGGCUUUGUGAUGUGUAAAUUUGCGUAUGAAUUAACCGGCAUAAUUAGUCCCCUGAUGUUCAAAGGUUUUAUCAAACUUGAAAACUCCAAGAAACUUGAAUGGAAAAACCGUGGCUUCUCGACUUUCCAUGCAAUUUUUGCAGCCAUUGGUGCUCUGUACUUUUUGGUCUUCUCAGAUCUUUUCGAUGAGAACACCCAAAACCAACAAGUGUUGCUCAUCAACCGAUCAUCUGCAUCAUUGGACACUUUACUUGCGAUGUCUAUUGGUUAUUUCUUGUCGGAUUUGGCGAUGAUUAUAUGGACAUAUCCAACUUUAGGGGGUUUCGAAUAUAUAUUGCACCAUGGGCUCUCUAUGUUGGCCAUGGGUCAAGCCCUUUUAAGCGGCCAAGUUCAGUUCUACAUCCUAAUCGUUCUUUUCACGGAGAUCACCACACCCUUUGUCAACCUAAGAUGGUAUCUGGAUAUCGCUGGUAAGAAGAACUCGACGCUUUACGUGUUGAAUGGCGUCGCAAUGUUUGCAGGGUGGUUGGUUGCAAGAGUCAUCUUGUUCGUCUACUUUUUCUACCACAUGUUUACACAUUUUGAUCAGGUGAACCAAGUUUAUCCGAUGGGGUAUUACAGCUUGCUGACGAUUCCGCCGGCGUUGGCGGCGAUGAAUUUGAUUUGGUUUCGGAAGAUCGCCAAAGGAUUGAUUAAAACCCUCACCAAGUCAAAAGGCCAUAGCCAUAGCAGCUGAUGAUGAUUGAUGAUGCCCUUGUAUUCAUUCACUCACUAUUUUUAUGCAACAUCGUAUUUAACUUUUUUUGUUGCAAACCUGCCGUCUUUCGAGAAUUCGAGCAAAUAUGCAAGAAGACAGUCAGACAACCACCUAAAAUUUGGAAAUCCAAUUAUUUUAAGCCAAAGAUAGUUUUUUUUUUAAUAUAUUUUUUCUGCUAAUAAUAAAAAUAAAAUACCAUUCAAAUAGCCUAUAACUAAGUUUACAUAAAAUUAAAGUUUUAUAAUGAAAUGAAAACGUACUAAUUAACGUCAAAUAUAUAAA